UCCCCUUCAAACAAAGAAAUCAAGACUGUGCCUCAACUGAAAGCCUACAUCGACGAGCUCAACAACCGCCCCUUGCCUGGUACUAUCCAGGCCAUCGCCGACCUCUUCCCAGGUCUGACAAGAAGCUUAACCCCAAUUCGUGUCUACUUGGUCCAGCACCCAGAGUACGAUGGCGAAGCACGCCUGGAUUAUUUAGGCAAAUCCUCCUGGCCUGCGCUGGCCGCUGCACAACAGAACACGCCCCAGGUGCUUGCUGCCGUGGAAAUCUGGAUGCAACUAUCCUGGCUGGAUACCACCAUGGCGGUGCUUUCUGUUACUAGGAGCUGCAGUUGCGCGAUAUGUGGGGAGAUGAGAGUGUGUGUGGGUCGCGUCACAGCUUGA